UUUUUCCACCUCGACAAUGGCCGCCGCCUCAAAUGUGCCCCCGUCGUCUUCCACAAGCAGCAGCUCACCACACAACACCACAUCCACGCACUCCACUGAGCUGGUCAAGGGUACGCACCGGUUCACCGUCGCCGGAUUCAGCCUGCAGAAGAGAAACGGCGCCGGACACUUCGCCAAAUCAGGCUCCUUCGAUGUCGGCGGGUACAGUUGGGCGGUCAUGUUCUACGCUGCCGGCGAGAAGGAGGAAGAUCAAGGACAUGUGUCCGUGUUCCUCGAGCUGCAAAGCACCGGCGUAGAGAAAGUUACGGUGAAGUACACAUUCAACAUCAGUGGCAGCUCGUUGCUGUCGGCAGGGUGGGGUGAUUUCAAGCCUAGCAGCAAAUGUCGUUUGGGGUUCAACAAAUUCAUGGAGAUCGAAACCGUGGAGGAUGUGUACCUGAUGAACGACUGCGUGACGAUUCACUGCGCCGUCGAGGUUGUCAGGGAGAAGAAGGCCAGAGCAACCGUGAGCCGCCGCAUCGCGGUGCCGCCGCCGGCCAUCUGCCGUCAUCUCGAGCAGCUGCUGGAGAGCAAGAAAGGCUCGGACCUUACGGUCCAGGUCGGAGAGAGUAAGUACGACGUGCACAGGGCGGUGCUCGCGGCCCGGUCGCCGGUGUUCCGCGCCCAGUUCUUCGGGCCAAUGGCGGCGGCGAACAGGCGCGCCAGCGGCGGCGGCGGCAGGUGCGUGCGCGUCCAUGACAUGAGACCGGCGGCGUUCGAGGCCGUGCUCCACUUCGUCUACACGGACACGUUGCCGCCGGUUAAGGAGGAAGAGGGCUUCCUGACGAACAACUCCGCGAGCCGCCGCCACCUCGUCAAUCUCAGGGACGCGGCCGCCGGAUGCUCGAAGGGAGAGGUGAGGGUGAUGGUCCGCGAGUGGCUGGCGGCGGCGGACCGGUUCGGCCUGGAGAGGAUGCGGCUGCUGUGCGAGGACGCGCUGUGCGAGAGCAUAGGCGUGGCGAACGCGGCGGCGACGCUGCGGCUGGCGGACCGGCACCACUGCGCGCUGCUCAGGGCGUUGUGCAUGGAGUACAUCGCCUCGCCCGGCAUGUUGGCGGCCGUGAUGGCAACAAAGGGGUUCAAGGAGCUCAAGGUGGCAUGUCCCUCUCUUCUCAUCGAGAUCCUGGAGAAGGUUGGAUGCUGCCGUUCGGAAUAAACGCCUGAACGAUGCUCUCCCUGUUUGUUUACUUUCCUUUGGAGUAAUUUUACGAUGCUCUCUAUUCGUAAUCGGAAUUGCUAUAUGUCUGGCGACAGAUUUUUGAGUCCCAUAUCUUGCAGAUUGAUUUAUGUAUGUUGGAUGGUGUCAAGAUUCGUGUUGCAUUCAUGCCGACUCCAUCAUAAUCGAUUUGAGCCGUGUUUUCC